UUGAAUAAUGUGUGAGCACUUGGACUGGAGCCAAUCAGCUGUCAGGGGACCGUGAUAAAUCGCAAUGCAUUAUUGAUAAUAAUAAUUGCGUUGACAUGCGCAUUUCUGCUCCAUGGCCUAAUUUUCCAUGCACAAGAAUUUGUUGAAGAAGGGGAGGAAAAUUUGUUUGUGACUCUUUGCCCCUGAUGGUUGCACCAUGUCGAGGCGCAAGCAAGCCAAGCCGCAGCACAUCAACUCGGACGAACCCGGUUCGCUUGAAAAUGGAAUUCAUCAAGAUCAUCAGGCUGAAGAGACUGGAAAUGAAGUGAAGCGAUUCAGAAUGGAUGAGACCAGGGUCUGCAACAAGUGCUGUGCCGAGUUCUUCGAUGAGGCAGAAUUUAUCGAGCAUGAGAAGAAUUGCACUAAAAAUCAACAGGUGGUCAUCAUGAAGGAAGGGGACGGCAAUGAAGUGCCAGAGGAAUAUUCCCAAGGAUCUCCUGAAGCUGACGGCCUCACCAGUGACCAUGAUGACAGCCAGUCCAGUGGUCAUUCCCUGUCCAACGGCAAUGCAGACCAUAUGGACAGAGUAGACGAAGACUCCAGCAUGAAUGCAGACGACACAGGGCAUCAGGACGCAGAUAUGCCAGCUAGCCCCGAGAUGUCUUAUCAUCUUUCGCCCAAAAUGCAAGAUUCCAACGUGACCCUCGAGACCAUGCCAGACACAAGGGUUGCUGUAUCCCAACAUUCUUCAAGUAACACAUCCCUGUCUUCACCACAAGAUGCCAUACAGGCCAUUCCAAUGAUCCUGGAGCAGUUAGUCUGCCUGCAGCAGCAACAGCUGCAGCAAAUCCAGCUCACGGAGCAGAUAAGAAUUCAAGUUGCUAUGAUGACUCCACAGGGUCUCCAUGCAUCAGUCGGGGCAGUGAUGGACCCCCUGAAGGCCCUUGGAGCCCAUCUCUCUCAACAGCUUUCUGCAGCAGCUGCUCUAAUAGGAAAAAGAACUGGAAGUCAAAGCCUUUCAAUGGAGACCAUGAAGCAAGGUAAACUACCUGUGCCCGCUGCUAUCUCUACCUCUCUACCUGGAGGACUGGCUUCGGUAAAUUCUAAAUCAGACAUUUUGAAGGGCAUUCCAGAUCUGGCAAGCCGUUUACCAGCAUUGCUUCCUCAGUCAGAGAGUGUCAUGGGAUUCCCAAGCACUUUUAAUGGUAUUCAAGGGAUGGAAUCUUCCAAAAAAUUGAAGACAAAGAUGUUGAGCCUCCCACCAGAAUCAAAGAAUGGCGAGUCCCUGUACAAGCACAAAUGUAAGUACUGUGGAAAGACCUUUGGCAAUGACAGUGCACUACAGAUUCACCUGCGUUCUCACACCGGCGAGAGGCCUUUCAAGUGUAAUAUUUGUGGAAACCGCUUCACAACCAAAGGGAACCUAAAGGUGCAUUUUCAGAGGCAUAAAGAUAAGUACCCAAACAUUACCAUGAAUCCUCAUCCUGUGCCAGAGCACCUUGACAGUAUUCCAACCACCAGUGGAAUUCCAUUUGGCAUGUCCAUACCCCUGGAAGAGGCAAACAUGACUGAAACAAAGCCAGUUGUUGGUCAUACUGCUACUGGGUUCCAGCCGUCAUCAGUGUCAGGAUUCAAGUCCAACUUUGAAGGCUUUGGUGGGGACCAGUACUUGCAGAGACCGUCCCCAACAGCAGGUGACAGCUCUCCGUCAGUGUCCUCCAAUAUGUUUGGUCAGGAGGCUGUGUUGGAUCAAAGCCAGAAAGAUACUAAAGAUCUGCUAGGAGCCUUGCAGCAAAUGAAUGGCAGUGUUCUUGCAGGAGAACAAAGCUCCGGGACGGCAAAACUUCAGCAAAUGGUGGACGGCCUGGAAAAGAAGACCAACGACCCUAAUGAGUGCGUGAUAUGCCACAGGGUGCUGAGUUGCCAGAGUUCACUGAAAAUGCAUUACCGCACACACACCGGUGAGAGGCCGUACAAGUGCAAGAUCUGUGGCCGUGCGUUCUCCACCAAGGGCAAUCUCAAAGCCCAUUAUGGAGUGCACAGGGCUAACACUCCGCUAAAGAUGCAGCACUCUUGUCCCAUAUGCCAGAAGAAGUUCACAAACGCAGUGGUUCUGCAGCAGCACAUUCGCAUGCACAUGGGUGGGCAGAUCCCCAACACUCCAGUGCCUGAGAACCAGUUUGAAGCAGAGGCAGUGGAGCAAUCAAUGCCAGAGGAGAAAACCAUGGACUUGAAUGGAUUUGAUGCAACAAUGGAGGAUCACGAGACAGAGGUUAACCCACAGAAGCAAAAAAGCACCUUAGAUUCUAUCCCACCCGUCUUGGAGGAGCAACCUCAGAACCAUUCUUCCCCCGCUGUAUUCUCCAGCCUGGAUGUCUUGAAGAACCUCACAUCUGCUCUUGCACUGAAACGACAGAGUAGCACAGCUUCAGAGAGUGAAGGAACAUCCAAAGAUUCACCAUCGGCUGCUAGAGAGCAGGAGUAUCACAAUGGCCGCAGUCCUGCUAUUUCUGACUCUGCCAUGUCUUUUCAUUCAGCCUCUCCUUUGAACAGCAACAACCACAACACAAGUAGCAGCAAGUCUCCAGAGUCAGCUGCUGAUGACUUUACCUACAGUGGACCAAAAUUAGACCUCAGUGCCCAUCAGGAGGGCACUGAGUCAAGUGGAGCUCUUGACCUCACAGCAUCCAGCAGCUUCACCCCUAAAGCCAUCAAAGAAGAACCAGGCAUGCCAUUCUCAAAUGGAGAUUAUGCUCCGCCUUACAUGAGGAUGCCAUCAAGUCUGUCCAGUUUGGAGAUGAAGAUUCCCUCAGAGAAUCCUUUGGGCCCUCAUAGUUUGUUCAACUCCCAUAUGCCUCAGGGAACAGCCCUGCCCUCAGCGGUCUCCCCCGCACCCCGCCGCUCUACCAAACAGCACAUGUGUAACGCUUGCGGCAAGAAUUUCUCAUCGGCCAGUGCCUUGCAGAUUCAUGAGCGCACUCAUACUGGGGAGAAGCCUUUUGCCUGUCAUAUCUGCGGCAGAGCUUUUACCACCAAGGGAAAUCUAAAAGUGCACAUUGGCACUCACAUGUGGAACAACACUUCACGCCGUGGCCAGCGUCUGUCUUUGGAGAAUCCAAUGGCCCUGAUGGCAAUGAGCGCCGAAGCCAAGAGGUUGCCAGAAAUAAUGCAGGCACCGAAAGAACUAAGUGCUCAACCCCUGAACUUUGAUACGUCUCUGUGGAACCAGUAUGCAGCUGCCUUCAGUGGUGGCCUGACCAUGAAGACUAAUGAAAUAUCCGUCAUCCAAGGUGGUGGAAUCCCACUCCCGGGGAGCCCUGCUGGUGGUCCUCUUAUUGGAUCUACUGGAGGUCUGAUGAAGAUGGAUGGCUCCCACUCUGGUUUGCCUGCCACAGUGGCAGAAAUUGAAAAGAACAGCUCAGACAGUGUGCCAAAAUCACAGUUCCCUCAUUUCAUGGAAGAGGGUAAAAUUGCGGUGAAUUAGGUAUUUGGUUCUAUCAGCCAGUUAUUUCCUAGAAUCUCAUUUUUGAAUGUCUUACCAUUUGGAAUAAGGUACAAUCGAUACUCGGAGAAAAGCUUCUAGAUCUAAGCUAAUCAUUUCCCUUGGUUCAAUACAAGUCUUCGUCUGAUUCAAGUGGUUUUUUUUUUUUGUUUUUUUUUAGUUGAACUUGAUAUAACUACUGUAGUUGUGUUUUAUUUUACAUAAAUAUAUAUAUAUGCGGGUAUUUUUUUUUAUUUUACUCUCUGUGACUUGUUUGCUAUUGAUCCAGAAGUUUGAAUGUAUAACUUACUUGAAACUGCAUUAAUUCUCGCUUUGAUACUGAAGGAUUUUGACUUUAAUAGAAAACAUUUCAGGGCAGGUCUUGAUGUUUCAGUGUUGAUGAUGGUGUAGCUAAACACGUGUUAAAAAUGACUACUUUCUCUCUUACUGUGUGCCGUACUUUUUAUAACAUUGUACAUUUUUCUGAGAGGUUAAUGUUUUCUCUCCUUCUGAGGGUUCGUCAGAGCGACUCUGCAGUCCUGUCUGCGGAGAGUCCUAAGGCAGAUACAGAGACUUUUUUUUGCCAAGUGCCUAACUCUAAAUUGUACUUGUUGCUGUCGUCUUUCAUCUGCACAACUAUGUUAUGAAGGCCCUGUUAGACUGACAUUUGUGGUUAUUUUGUGGGUAUCAUGGUUCACUCUUUCAAAAUCUCCAAUCUAUUCCUCUUUAAAUCUGCAUGGUCAAUAAGUUGGCUGAGCUCUACAGGCUGUUAAACGCUUGACAUUCUCAUGCCUGCACUUUAUUCAGGUUUUGAUCUCUUUUGUUUGUUGUUUCAUUUUCCACUGCUUUAUUGUGAUGGGGAGAAGGGGCAAAUCGAGUAUUUUGUCCGCUUUUCCCCAUUUAGGUUUUGUUUUAAUCAGCCAUUUAAAGUAACUGUCAAGACGUAUCAACUUGUAGCAUCACUAAUUUAUUUAUAAUGCAUAAAAUGCUUGAGUUUCGGGGGGUACGUUCUACCUCGUUUAGAUUUUAGUUGUCCUCUACGCCCCCUGUGCUCCAUGCAAUGCUCUGUAUAUUUUUUGAUACAUUCGUGAGUGUACGAUAAGAGUUUUUUCCUUCUCAGCCUGCUGAGUUGAACAGUAAUGAAUGUAUCACUGGACACUUUACACCUCAGAAUGGUCAGAGUACUUUGGGCCCCUGCUGUACAUUCCUUGUCAAUAUGCAUUUGCCAGAUCGUGCCUUUCUUUAGCAAACAUCUCAAAACUGCUUUCAAGUUGUCUCUACAGUUCCGGUGAUGUUGAACCAAGGUGGCUUGUUUACAAUGUAAAUGUUUUUGUUUCUCAAAUGCUUUCUUCAUCUAAAUGUUUUCUGGUUUUGAGAAAUAAAUCAGAGUGAGUUUUUUCAAAUAUCUU